AUGGUCCAACGACGCACCACACCACAUAACACACAACAGUUAGUUAAAAGUAUUUUCGGUGUGAACUUGUUAGUUAUGAGGGUUCUUGGUUUUUAUCCUCCUCGGAAAUUUUUGUCGACUUUGUAUCUAGUCACGGAUCCGAAUUUGAAUUUAGACAAAGUAGCGGACAGUGCGUUCAUCAUAUGCCAGCUGGGAUGUUUUAUUAUUAAAAUGUUGCCAUUUUUGCUCAAUGGCAAGGAAAUUAGGGAAAGUAUUUACAUGAUGGAACAUGAAACAUUUGUUAAGUUUACUAGAGAACAGGAACAUAUUAUUCAGGAUUGUAGAAAAAUGUGUAGACGGACAAGCUAUUUAUUUUUGAGUUUUUGUUCGGCCUGUCUUACAACUUGGGCGAUUACGCCCCUGUUCGAAAAGGAACCCAAGUUGCCGAUAGAUGUGUGGUUGCCUUACGACUUUGGAAAAAAUAAAAAGCUGUACCUUAUAAGUUACCUUUACACAUUUGCAGGCACUGGCAGUGGAGCCCUAUCUAAUGGAGCAAUAGAUCCACUAAUUGCAGGAAUGGCCUACUUUGCAACUUGUCAAAUAAAAAUCUUGAAAGACAAUUUACAACACUUGGGUAAACACUUAGAAACAGAGAGAAACAACAAUGAAAACCCGCGUGAUGCAGAAAAUUUAAAACACGAAUUAAUAUACAGUCAAAUCAGAAACUGCGUUUAUCAUCACAACGUUAUCAUAAAGUUUGUGGAAAAUUACGAAAAUGUGUUUUCGUUUGUAGUGUUUACGCAAUUUUGUGCCAGUGUUCUUGUUAUUUGCAUUUGUUGCUUUAGGCUCAGCCAGAUGACCUCCUUUUCAAUGAGCUUUGUCUGGAUGGCGAUUUUUCUUUGUACAAUGUUGUCUGAAAUUUUCUUGUAUUGUAUCUACGGCACGACGCUUUUUGAAGAGAAUAGUACAUUAAUGCAAGCUGUACAUAUGGGAAAAUGGUACGAAUAUGACCAGAAGUCAAAGAAGUCGUUAAUAGUUUUAAUGGAACGGUCUAAACGACCGAUGGUUGUAACUGCCGGAAAAAUUCUAGAUUUGUCGCUAGAAACAUUUACUACGAUCCUAAGAAGAGCGUAUUCUCUACUUGCUGUUCUUAAAAAUUACUGA